UAAAUACAUCAAUAGAUAAAAUAUAGGUGUAAAGCUUUCAUAAUUAUUAGUAAUACUAUCGAUACCAUUAGCGUGGUGAUACAUGAGAUACAACUUGGAUGUCAGUAAUUUUUGAAAAGAAGAAGAGUUCUUGCCCUAACCUAUAAAACUCUCAAGUACAUAACCUGCUCAUAUUCGAAGAAUAUAGUUCAAUAAUUUUUAGUUGAAUAUUUGAAAAUGUCUGACGAAGAGGUAAUACGGCGCCGUUUACUCAUUGAUGGUGAUGGAACUGGUGAUGAUAGAAGACUUAACGUUUUCUUAAAAACCAUAAUAAAAUGGGCAAAUAGCAUUGAUGAAUCCCCAACGGAGCUUCAGCUUUUAUACGAUCGUCUUCUUGCUCAGUUAAGUCAAUGCGAAUUUGCAGUAAAAAGAUCUCAACGUUUAGCUAUUACAAAUAGUAAACAACUUGAAAAUUACAAGGAACUUCAAUGUAAGUUGGAGGAAUUAAUUAAGGAUGUAAAGGAAACAAUAGAACACAGUAAAAACAACUUAAUGCAAGCAAAAAUACUCAAACAAAACAGAAUGACUUAUGAUCUUCUUGCACAAAACAUAAAACAACAACCUGCUAGAAAGGAGACAAAUAAGAGAUUGGAAGAAUUAAAAAUUGAAUUAGGACAACUCCAUGAAAACAGUAAAAGUCUAGAAAAUAAGUUGGAUAUGAGAAGGAAACAAUUUCAUGUUCUUGUUUCAAGUGCCCACCAACUUAAAGAGAUGUUGGAAGAAAGUGCAGCAGAGGACUCAGCUAAUAAUUCUCUAGAUGAUAUAACAAACAGUCCUGGGCCAGAACCAAUGUCAGAAUAAUAUUAAGCUGUUUCUUGUAUUCUACUGUUAAGUAUAUAUCAUGUGUGUGAAUGAAAAGUAACUUUAGUUUUGGUUGCUGUAUGUGAUUGAAUUUGAGUUUAUUUUAUACCCUAAUGUGUAGUAUUUGCUACAAUAAAAUCCUCACAUUAUUUAAA